AUGCCUAUUCUGUAUCUUGGGAAAUAUGAAACACUGGUUGGUGAACGUGGUAUACAAUUGAGUGGUGGUGAAAAACAACGUAUUGCAUUGGCUCGUGCUCUUGUCAAGCAGCCAGUUAUCCUUUUACUGGAUGAAGCAACAAGUGCGCUUGAUAGUGUUAGCGAAAAAGUUGUUCAAGAAGCACUCGAUCGAGCAUGCAGAGGUCGUACAACUAUCGUUAUUGCUCAUCGUUUGACUACAAUUCAUAAGGCUCAUCAAAUAUAUGUGUUAGAUAAUGGAGCUGUGAUUGAGCAUGGUACACAUAAAAGACUAAUGGCAAAAGAAGGAGGAAAGUAUCAAGCAAUGAUCAAAUGUCAACAAACGGGAAAAAAUGAUGAUGACAAAGAUGAUAUGAUAAACAUACAAAAAGCAAUAGAAGAAGAUGAAAAGUCGAUAGUUGAACACUCUCGUUUACUUGGCGAUAGUGAAAUUGCUAAAAUGAAUGAACAAAAUUCGAAACCAUUGACAAGAAGAUUUGUUCUUUUAAGACUCUUGUCAAUGAAUAGUCCUGAGUGGAUGACUAUAUUGAUUGGAUGUAUAGCAUCUGGACUUUUUGGCGGAGCUCAAACAUUAUUUGCAUUUCUACUUGCAAAAAUCGUCAAUGCAUUCAAAUACUGUUCAACAUCAGAACAACGUCAUCAAGUAUUGAUUAGUAGUCUUCUGUUUUUACUUUUGGGUGUUGCCGUAUUGAUUCUUCGCUUGUUUCAGCUUCUUGAUGGUGUUGAUAUUCGACAACUAAACCUUCAUUGGGUUCGUUCUCAGAUUGGCCUUGUGAGUCAAGAACCAAUUUUGUUCGAUUUAACAAUAGCUGAAAAUAUAACCUAUGGCUUAGAAAAUGUUUCAAUGGAAGACAUUGUUAAUGCAGCUCGUAGAGCUAACAUUCAUCAGUUUAUUGAGCAAUUACCUCAAGGCUACAAAACAAGAGUAGGGUUGAAAGGUAGUUUCUUGUCUGGUGGUGAGAAGCAACGUAUUGCUAUUGCUCGAGUUCUUGUUCGUCGACCUAAAAUAUUGCUCUUAGAUGAAGCUACCAGUGCUUUGGAUUCACACAAUGAGCAAAUUGUCCAAGAUACUCUUGAAAAAGCUCAAACGGAAGAUCCUAAUCGAACAUUACUCAUUGUUGCUCAUCGUCUGUCAACAAUUCAUUCAUGUGAUUUGAUUUGUGUACUGAAUAAUCGACAUAUAGUGGAAAGUGGUACUCAUUCACAAUUAAUACAAAGACGUGGAACUUAUUAUAAAAUGCUUACUCAAAACAAAUUAGAAUGA